AAAUAUGAAACACGCUGGUUGUGUGAGAACUCCGGGAAAAAGGUGGAAACACAAAUCUGUGAAUCUGAUAGAAGAAGAAAUCUCUGACUAGAAUGGAGCGAGGAAGCGAUAUGGAGAGAGAAGAAGAAGAUGACUCGAUGAGAGAAAUUUUGCGGGAUCGAUUCAGGCUCUCCGCAAUUUCCAUCUCUGAAGAUGAAGCGAAGAAAAACGGAAUGGAAAUAUCUGAACCAAUUGUGGCUUGCAUUUCCGACUUGGCCUUUAAGUAUUCAGAACAGUUGGCCAAGGACCUUGAACUUUUUGCACAGCAUGGUGGUCGUAAGACUGUGAACAUGGAAGAUGUCAUACUUACUGCUCAUAGAAAUGAACACCUAACUACUGUGUUGAGGUCCUUCUGUAACGAUCUGAAAGCAAAAGAACCACAACAGGAGAGAAAGCGGAAGAAAGCAUUGAAAAAGGAAGAAAAUGCUGAUGGUGUGGUGCAUAUUCCAGAUGCUUAAAAGGCAGCCAUGGAACUAUAGCCAAGCACACAUCAAGUUGACAGAGUCUUGUAUCUAGGUUAAUUAAUAGCAUCCAAUUGAAGGAUGGCGCAUCUGUCUUUGCUGCAGAGAUUCCAGAGGAUGGAUGGCACUUCUGAUACUAUUGAUGCUUUAUAUACUACUAUAAUUUUUUGUGCGACUUCUUGUUGAAAUCGUUAUUGUUGUUGUAGUUGAGAACUUGAGAUGGGCCUUUUGUCAAUAAUCAGUUGAUUAAGUUCCAUGACAAAACCAGUAAACCACAUGACCCUUUCAAAGUCAUGGGUGGAUAGGUAGAAAAUGACUGGUUCUCAAGGACAGAAAGUAUGACUAGUUCAUUGGAGCUGAUUUUUCUUUUCUAUAGGCAAGUGGGGAAUUUGAAAGGGGAACACAUAGGUUUUUGUUUUUGAGUUUAUUGUUUGGACAUAUCUGCUCUUGUUGCAAGGCAACCGCUGCGUUGUUCGGCUUAAGUAUUUCAGAGUUUUGGGUCGAAAACAUGCCCAAUGAUCGCUUCUCACUUA